UGGAAACGCCGGCCCCGGGGCCUGCUGGGGCCGGUAGUUUUCCUUCGGCUGCUCUACGAGGCUCGUUUCCGAGGCGAGGCCGCCCCGGGUGCGACGGGGGUCCGCGGCUGGAGAAGAGAAGUCUGCUAACCCAGAUAUACCUAUUUGACUGGCAAGGUGUGGAUUAUGGGAGAACAACUGAUAAACAACUGCAUCCUUGAUCAAUUUAUUAAUAGCCAUGAGCAGACAUACGAAGAGUUUCUAAGCACAUUCACUUAUCUUUUGAAAGAAGAAGAGAGGAAGACAAUCCAAGGACGUAAAAAGUCCUUAAGAAAAUCGUUUUCUGCUUCUGAGAUCUCAUAUGGAGAUAAAAAGGAUGGUUUAUCUGAAAGAAGCAAAGAAAAGCUCGUGUCUUUCCCACCACAGACUCCAAAUGAGAAUAAGAAGGUCAUAAAUGAGACCUGGAAAACUGGUGGCUCUGAUGGAAAUGGCCUCAGUCUAUCUGAACGAGCUCAGGUGGACCAUUACUUAGAAACAGACAUAGAUGGAGGGCCAUGCGGUGCAGAGUCAUUUGUUCUUCCAGGAGAGGUGGAAGAGAUAGAGACUUGCUGUACACCUCCUUUGGAAAAGCCCAUUCAGCGGAAGCUCAGAACCUCCUCAGUUCCACAGCCUCUGGACAACAAAGGAGAAGAGCUGCUGGGAGAUGAUGUUCAACCAUUCUUACUUGAUGAAGAAUUUGAUUAUGACAAUGUGGCACUGACCCCUAAGUUCUCUGAUGCUGAGCUGAUGCCCAUGAAAGAAUUGUCUGAAGAGAAGAAAAAGGGACAGAUGUAAAGUCCAGCAGAAGCUGAAGACUAAAUCAGAUGCACUCUGAAUGGCAUUCUGUGCAAUGCUGGUGAAAUAGCAUUUUAGAGAAUAAAUCUAACUUCUUGUACCCUUACUAAAUGCUUUUUAUCUGUGUGGAAAGUAAAUUACACACUCAGGAUUUUCUGUGUUCCAUCAAGGUGCCUUGGAACCUGACAUUGGCUUUCUGUAUGCCUCCUAGUCUUAGUCUGAAUGAAAACACAGAAUGGGAAGGCAGUGCUUGCUCCAAGCCACUUGUAUGGUAGCCCUUCAGCAGUGAGUUUACCAUCUUUUUAUAUUUUGUGCACUGAUUUACUUAGGCAUUCAGAUUGGCUAAGGAGGUCUCUGCCAGUCCCUACAUCCAAAGGGAGUUUUGCAUAGAUCAGUGGCCUCACUGUUGCUCAGCUUCCUUGUUGUUUUUGAGGUCCUAUGAAGCAGCUGGAAGAUGUCUCAAAUGACAGCCACAAAUUCCCAUUUGUUAAAUAAAUAUAAUAAAGUAAAAUCCCUGACUGGAGUAAGGCCCAUAUAGCCUCUAGGCAUGCUGGAAUAAUUGCUCCAUGAGACAUAAACAAGCUGGUGUGAUUCAGAAUAGCAGGCAUGGCUACUCUAGCUUAUAUUUGGUACUGAGUAGCCUAAAGCUAGUCCUAAAGCUGCCUUUGCUUAUUUCUUUCAGUAAUGUAGAGCUGAAAGAACUUUUUGCAGCUGACAUGUUGGUCUAUAGACUCUGUCACUGUAAGAUUUAAAGAUGUGGAGUUAUACCAGUGAAUAAAUUUGGGGGUAUAUUUUUUAUUUCUUCUGAGUUGCCUUAGAUCUUCUGAGACAUAAAUAUGCCAGGUAAUUGUAAACUCUUUUGAAAGAGUUGAUCAAAAUUGCUGUUGUGUAACUACUGACAAUUGAACUUAUAGUGCUACAAAAACCCAUCCAGACAGAAAGAAACACAGUGAUCUAAUCCAUUAAAGACAUUGGCAUUGAGAGGCUGUCACAUUUAACUUUUUUUUUUUUUUUGAGAUGAUUCUGGGUACUGGUUUAUGACUUCUACUCAGCAUCACUGAAAUUCAGCAAGCUCUGGAGUUUGAUAAAGACUGUAUACUUCCUCUCUCAGAAACUUAUAAGAACAAAGAAUGGGAUAAGUGAAAAAUAAAUUCUGGAAGAGAUCCAAGAGUAAAUCCAGGAGGAGGAAUAGAAAGCUGCUUUAUAAAGAUAGCAAGGUCAGCCUUUGAGGGCAUCAACAGAGAAACGGGAAAUGCAGCUUCCUUAAUGUGUGUUCUUACUGCAGUAAAGAAUAUUUAGUUUAAGAGAGCUCUGUACAGUUUGUUAUUUUGAAAACAAAGAAUUAACCGUAAAGGUGGGCUUUUGUGGCUUUACAAAUGACUAAUGGAUGAUGAAUUUAGCACUCUUUGUAUAUACAUUUCUACAAAAGUAUGAAGUACAAAACUGUAGAUAAGUUGUGUUGGAGUCCUGUUGUCAGUAUAAUCAAUGAUAACUUAUCCAGGGGUUCCUAAUGAUCUUCAGGCCAAAUCAGCUCUGGAAACUGAGUGUAUUUCCUAUUCAUUUCAUUAACAGCCUUUUUCUGUACAUGAGGGAUACAUUCAGCCAUUCAGUUCCUUCUCUCACAGGCAUAUGAUUCUCUUACCAAAUGUUCAGAGUACCUAUUAAGCUCCAUAAGUGUCAUUCUGUAUAGUCAUUAUAUGGUUCCAUUAGAUAUAAAGAAACACUUUUCUGCAGAACACCCAACAAAAUGGGAACUCUCUGGUAACACUGAUCCCAAGCAGAGAAAUGAGGAUAAUUUACUUACAUUUAUGUUACUUUUUGCUCUUAUUGCUCUUUGUUAGCAAUGACAGAUAUGAUAAUCUCCAGCACAGUGGAGAUUAGGCAAUGUAGGCUACCUUUUUCAAGCGUGACAUGUCGGCUUUAUUAGACAUACUGAUGGCUAUUUUGGGCUUGUAACUUUUAACUGACUACAUAGAGAAGGCUUAUUUUCCUUUUCUCCAUUUUCAAAUCAUCAUUUUAAAGAUCAUACUUGAUGUGCAUUUUAAAUUUUAUACAUAUACAUGGCAUUAGUUACCUGGAUUUGUAUGUAUAUUUCUGAGAUGUUUUAGAGUCUGAAUAAUAUAUAUAUUUUGCUCUUUAUUAUUUUAGGCUUUCAGCAUAGUAAGGUACAUCCUCCUUUCCUGUUUAUGGUUUGCAGUAAACUCCACAAAGGAACGAGCUCCACAAAAAGAGAUCCUGCCUUAGUGGUAGUCAGCCCUAAAAUGAGAUGUGGGAGAGGUGCAGCCAGGCUCCACCCCUUCUGGUAGCACACCUUCACCUGUGCUCCUGCAUCUGACUCAUUGCCUCAGGUGAUUAAUCAGAGGUUCAGGCUGUGAUCAACAGUUUUCCAUACAGGAGCAGGCCUGGCUUUCUAACUCAGUGAAAGGAUUUGAAAUGUAAAAUCUCUGAUGCUAGGUGAACUCAUAGGAAAUGAAGGCUGUGUGACGGAACUUUCUAAUGCCUCUGUGUUCAUGACUUCAUGGAUGUCUAAGGUGCAGCAGAAAUAUGCACCUAUCUCAGACAGUGACCUGAUCAGCUGUGGACAUUUUGCUUACUGAGGUGUUACCAGAAGGAAAGCGACUGUUUCCUACUUCAGUGUUGAUAGAUCCUGAGUCAUGAGGAGGAAAUCUGAGUUUUAUGAGAAGUCAGUACUACUUUCACUGGGUCAGAUUCUUAAGGGUUGUUUCCUUGGAUGGUUAUGGUCCAAGCUUAGAUAUUAAUGCUCUGAAUUGCUCCUUGUGGGUGUAAGAGGAAAAGUAAUUGCUUGAUGAAAUAAUGGUUUUGAAAGCAUAAGAUAAAAAUUGAGGACGUGAAAAGCGAUGCAGACAGAUCUGACUGAUUCAGACAUCAUUAUGGUUCUAAAUAUAUUUCUGUUAAUGCACAAAGGUAUCAUUAUAUAUACUUGUAUAUACACACACUGCCACUGAAAGAAAAUAAUUUCAGUAUGGAGAGUACUCACCAGAUAAUUCAGAACCUUUUGAAGAAGGUGGCAUGGAAACAAAUCCCUGCUCUUCUGGAAAAGACCCUUUGAUCCUCUGGCCUUGAUUUUCUGCUGCUGUAAACUGGCAGGGUUCCACUGAGGCCAUUUGUGUUCAUACAGCAGGCAGGAUCCUGGUAUUUACAGCUUUCUUACCUGAAAGAAUACAAAACCAAAUCAAUUGCUGAUUUAACUCUACUGAAUGCAAGGCAAUAUAUAGACCAUUAUCUUUAUGAGAAAAUAUUCAAAUGCAAAGACAAUGCAAACUAAAUGUAAAAAGCAUAUCUUUAAUUGUUCUGUUACUAAUUUUACACAAGUCAUUUUGGUGUUUCUCUAGUAUUGUCUGCUUAGAUCAUUGUUUUUGCUUUGAUAAAAAUAUCAGAUAUAUUUUCAAGUCAUGUUCAAAUAGUGAAACUUGAUUAUAUAUGUAACUACUAAGCAUUCCCACUUCCUUUGAAAUUCUUUUGCUCUGCAUCUUGAUGAGGGUUAGAAAUGUACUUAGCUUUAUCUCAAACUUGUUUUAAUGUGGCCUGGUGUCCUUUGUUAGAAAAGAGGAUUCUCUCCAUUUGUAGGAGAAUACUAACUUCAAAUUCCUAAUUAUUCUGCAACUUCAUGCAUUUCAUGAUGUGUUUCAGUGGCCACACAGUAUCAGUGGGGCACUUGGAUAGCAGGCUGAUUUGUAUCCUGUUCUUCCCUACCGUUGGCUUUACUCAGGACUGUAAGCUCUACCUGGGGAAAUAGGAAGGCAAUGACUCAGAGUGCUGAGGCAAGGGUUCGUUAACCCUGUUUGCUUGCUGUGGCUGUGCUGAGAUGUCUCACAGCCCUCCUCCACAGGCUGCAGCUCCACCAGGGCUCACUCAGACAACUCCCAGUACAAAGUGAGGAACCCCCCGAUGAGGGAUCUCACUGGCCUCCAGUUCCCUUCACCGCAGAGCCGAUUGCUUGCACUAGCUCAGGGCAUUCCCACCACAGUGUGCUUUCUUGUGGCAAGGUGUCAGUUGGCACAGGUGGGUCUGAGGUGCUGCAUGUGUCCUGGACCAUGCUGGGAGGGACAGGCCCUCCCCACACUCCUCCUGGGUGCUCCCAGGUGGUACGUUUGCCUAUCCCCUGGGAAAACAGAGCUGACAGUUUUCUCUUGGUUGAAAUGGUGCUGAUUAAGUUCACCUCAGAAUACUGAGUAUUAAGGGUUCCUGAGAAGGUGAUGAGAACAGUGAGUUUGCAACUGCUGGCAGUUGGAAGUGAUGCCUUGUUUUUUGCUGGCAAGGUACUCUAAGCCAGUGCUGCAGGUGUACAAGCUGUGAAAAGCCAUAGAGUUAGAAUGGAGAUCAUUUUACUGCUUGUUUAUGAGAAGUUUGCAGGAAGAAAAGUAAGUAUUAGAAAGCACUGUCAUUUGUAUAGACAGGCUAGUUUAUUUGCAAUUGCAGUGCCCCACAGUUGAAAUGGAAAUCAAUUUUAAUGCCUUAUGAAAAUGCAGAAAUAUUUGUCUCAUUUAUAGCACUUCCAAAGAGGAUAGAUGAUAAAAUUCCCCUGAUUAACAAUCUAUAAUUUUAUGUGCUCUGUUGUGUCUAGUUCAGAACAUGUAUCCACAUAAACAUGCUUCAAAAUAAUAAGCAAAGAUAGAUCUGAACAAACUCCCUAAAUCUACCUUCACUCUGAUUUCCAGGCUGUAGUAACUCUCUCUGUAUAUUCCAAGCCCUCCCUGAUCUGAAUAUCCCCAAGCUUUGAGCAAGUAGAUACUUUACUUUAAAAAUCUCUAACCAAACAUUCCUCAAGCAACCAUUUAGCAUUUGUUUGGACUACAAACAAAAACUCCAAAGCAAUUGGGGACCUGCCUGUAUGAACAGAACUUGAGAACACAAUUAGAAUUACUGCAUUAUACAAGGAGAUAAUGGUAUUCUAAAGAGUAGAAUUAAAUGGGAAAGGAUAUUUUUCAGGAGGGCAAACUAUACUAAAAUACUUUGUUGGCUUGAUAAAAUUCUUGAGAACCUUUCAAUACACAAUUGAGAAAUAAGUGUAGUCAUUCAGUAAUUCAUGUGGAUUUACAACAGUUAUCUCUCGAGCAAUUAAAAUGAGAUUAAAAAAUGUGUGGGAUUCUUCAGUGUAUUUUGUGGCAGUUCUAACACCAUAAAUUAAGGCCUUAGCCUCAUUAUGUCACAUGUUACAACAGAAUUUGUUCUUUUGUGGCUGCUGUGGUUGAGUACUUGGGCAGCACUGUUUCUGGAGUGCAGGUGUGUACUUACAGCAAGUAAACCUCACAUUCACUAAGCUUUCUUGAAUCCAUCUGCUUUUCUGUUCAUUUGUAUAAAACCUUGUAAUAUGCAAUACAAUACACAUAAUUCUUAGAAAGAGGCUUCAUUUAUUAUGUUGCUAAUGCUCCUCAGGAUAAGUUAGCUAGAGGACAAAUUCUGCUGAUUACUUGGAAGUGUUAACUCUGCCAGUUAGAUUUGCUGAAUUUUGUACAUUUGUUCUUUGAGGGAGAAAUGUUGCAAUACAUUUUUUUUUUUCA